CCUCCGAUUGGUUUCUGUCCAGGCCCGGGCGGCCGCCGCCUGCGUGUUGAGGGGCGCGAUGCGCAGCCGGCCUGGGGCGGCGGCUCUGGCCGCGAAAUGUGGGUUUUCAGAACUUUAUUCGUGGCAAAGAGAAAGAAAAGUAAAGACGGAAUUUUGUCUUCAUGAUGGACCUCCUUACGCAAAUGGUGACCCUCACAUUGGACAUGCCUUAAAUAAGAUUCUGAAGGACAUCGCCAAUCGAUACCACAUGAUGCGAGGCUCCAAAAUCCACUUUGUGCCUGGCUGGGACUGUCACGGGCUGCCCAUUGAGAUAAAAGUGUUAUCUGAACUUGGUGAAAAGGCUCAGGAUCUUUCACCUAUGGAAAUUAGACAGAAAGCUAGGUCAUUUGCUAAAGCGGCCAUUGAGAAACAGAAAUCAGCAUUUAUUCGGUGGGGAAUAAUGGCAGAUUGGAAUAAUUGCUACUAUACAUUUGAUGGAAAGUAUGAGGCCAAACAGUUGAGAAUUUUUUACCAGAUGUAUGAUAAGGGUUUGGUGUACCGGUCUUACAAACCUGUGUUCUGGUCUCCGUCGUCAAGGACUGCCUUGGCUGAAGCAGAGCUUGAGUAUAACCCUGAACACUCCAGUCGUUCCGUGUACGUGAAGUUCCCCCUCCGGACGCCUCCCCCGAAGCUGGCGUCUCUCCUCGACAGCUCCGCCCCUGUGAGCGUGCUGGUGUGGACCACGCAGCCAUGGACAGUCCCAGCCAACCAGGCCCUGUGCUACUCGCCGCAGUCAAAGUAUGCUGUUGUGAAGUGUUCUACUUCUGGAGACCACUACGUAGUGGCUGCAGAUAAAGUUGCUGCUCUUGCUUCUACUUUGGACACGACAUUUGAGGCUGUAUCAACAUUUUCAGGUGCGGAUCUGGAAGGUGGCAGUUGUAGUCACCCUUUAAUUCCAGAGAAAGCGUCGCCUCUCUUACCUGCGACUCAUGUGACCAUGGCGAAGGGCACGGGACUGGUCCACACGGCCCCAGCUCACGGCAUGGAGGACUACGGCGUGGCCUCUCAGCACAGCCUGCCUGUGGACUGUUUGGUGGAUGAAGCAGGGGUGUUCACAGCUGCCGCGGGUCCUGAGCUCGAGAGCAAGGCUGUCCUGGAGGCGGGGACCGAGACGGUUAUAAAGAUGCUUCAGAGUGUGAAGAGUCUGUUGAAAGAGGAAAAACUGGUCCACAGCUAUCCCUACGACUGGAGGACCAAGAAGCCAGUCAUCAUUCGUGCCAGCAAGCAGUGGUUUGUGAAGAUCGCAGACAUCAAGCCCACAGCCAAGGAGGCGUUGAAGACCGUGAAGUUUAUUCCUGGGGCGGCUCUGAACGCCAUGGUGGACACGCUGGAGCGGCGGCCAUACUGGUGUAUCUCGAGGCAGAGGGCGUGGGGUGUUCCCAUCCCCGUGUUCCACCACAGGACCAGAGACGAGUGCUUGAUCACCAGCCAGACCGUGGAGCACGUCGCCCAGCUGGUGGAGCAGCACGGCAGCGACGUCUGGUGGACGCUGCCCCCCGAGCAGCUGCUCCCGCAGGACGUCCUGUCCCAGGUUGGCGGUCCCGAUGGCUUGGAGUACCUGCCUGGCCAGGACAUCCUGGACAUCUGGUUCGACAGCGGAACCUCAUGGUCUUGUGUUCUUCCAGGCCCUGACUCCAGAGCAGAUCUGUACCUGGAAGGCAAGGACCAGCUGGGCGGUUGGUUCCAGUCGUCCUUGCUGACGAGCGUCGCGGCGAGGAAGAAGGCCCCAUUUAAGACAGUGUUGGUCCACGGCUUCACCCUCGGAGAGAAGGGGGAGAAGAUGUCCAAGUCCCUCGGCAACGUCAUCGACCCCGACGUCGUCAUCAACGGGGGACCGGAUCAGAGCGCAGAGCCUCCCUACGGGGCGGAUGUCCUCCGCUGGUGGGUGGCCGAGUCCAACGUCUUCACGGAAGUGACCCUCGGGCCGUCGGCGCUGAACGCGGCCAGGGAGGACGUCAGCAAGCUUAGGAACACACUGCGCUUUCUCUUGGGAAACGUGGCUGGCUUCAACCCCGAGACGGACUCCGUGCCUGUGGACGGCAUGUACGUCAUCGACCAGUACAUGCUGCACCUGCUGCAGGGCUUAGCCAGCAAGGUUACUGACGCCUACAAGCAGUAUGAUUUUGGAAAAGUUGUCCGACUGCUCCAGGCGUUUUACACGAGGGAGCUCUCCAACUUUUAUUUCAGCAUCAUCAAGGAUCGGCUGUACUGUGAGAAGGAGGACGACCCCAAGCGCCGCUCCUGCCAGACGGCGCUGGCGCAGAUCCUGGACGUGCUGGUGCGCGCCUUUGCGCCCAUCCUCCCGCACCUGGCCGAGGAAGUCUUCCAGCACCUGCCCUACGGCGCAGAGCCCAGGAGUGUCUUCCGCACUGGCUGGAUCAGUACCAGCUCCAUCUGGAAGAAGCCCGGGCUGGAGGAGGCCGUGGAGAGCGCGUGUGCGAUGCGAGAUUCGUUUCUCGGAAGCAUCCCGGGCAAAAACGCAGCCGAGUAUGAGGUCACCAUCGUGAUCGAGCCCGGCCUGCUCUUUGAGAUCAUAGAGAUGCUGCAGGCCGAGGAGACGUCCAGCUCCUCGCAGCUGAGCGAGCUCAUGAUGGCCUCCCAGUGCACACUGCUCGCCCAGGAGCCCCGGCAGAGGCCCCCAGACGUGACCGAGCUCGGGGGGACCUUCCUCAUCAACUUGGAAGGUGGCGAUAUUCGCGAGGAGUCCGCCUACAAAGUGCUCGUCAUGCCGGCCACCAAGGAGAAGUGCCCUCGCUGCUGGAAGUACACCGCGGAGUCUGCAGACACGCUGUGUCCCCGCUGCGCAGAGGUCGUUGGCGGGGAGUAGCCCGCUGGCGUCCCCUGCUUCCUGCAUUCUGGGCAGUCACCUGCCAACACUGCUGAGAGGUUUGGAUGAGUAUUACAGUGUCACAGAGAAAGCCAAGGUUUAGGUAAGGAGUGGAAGAGAAAAGGUGAAGGAGAAGGGUCAGAAUCAGAAUUAUGGAGCCAGACGAGGAGGUACACAUCUGUAACCGCAGCCUUCAGGAGGCUGAGGCAGGAGGGUGGUGAGUUCAACACCAGUCUUGGCUACAUAAUGAGGCCUUGUCUGUAGGAAAACCAGAACACAUCAGAAUUAUAAAAGCGUUUCCUGUACCUAACGUGUAUAUACAUGUGGAAUAUAUGUGCGGUAUUUAGGUGUAGGUGUCCACCUGUGCGUACCCACAGUGGGUUCAGACCAAAGGCACUGAUGUGCUUCCAGUGGGGCUGAACAGUCUGUUUCAUAGAAGAAUCCAGAGAAUAAAGACUUCUAGCAAG